GGACGACGACGACCGGAAGUAGGAGGAACGUUAGUGCGCAAGCGCGGCCCAAACAUUUCGUCGUCGUGCCAGCGUCGACGACGUCAGAAAGAGUUGUUUCACGUCGUCGUGAACGUGGGAAGAAACUUGAGUUGAAUUGAGCACUAAAAGAUGGCGGCAAGUGUGAAAACUGGAGAGAAAGCAAACACAAAUCCAAAUUUCGUGUGGAGUAAUGACCACGAUAUCGUUAUGUGUCGAGAGGUUCUUCAGAUCGAGCCCUACCAAUUUAAAAUCAGAAGUCCAGAAAGGGGGCAGGCCUGGGAAUCUUUGGCAGAAAAGUUAAACGAAAAUUCAAGUCCAAAGUUCCGGGUGACUGCAAGGUCCGUAAGAGACCGCUACAACCUCCUUACCAAGAAAAUGGCUGCAAAACUAAAGAGUGAAGAGAAAGCUAGCGGCAUUCAAGUUGAAACUUCAGAGCUUGAUGAUCUCUUAGAAGAAAUCCUUGAGAAGGAAAAAGCUGCUAAAGAAAAGUUGGAGAGUGACAACCAGAAUGACAAGGCAGCAGCCGAAGACAUGCGAAAGAAGGCUCUAGAACGUAUGGGGCAAACUGCGAAAAGAAAAAAGGAAAGUGAUGACUCAGUACCAAAGAAUCUGAAGAAGAAAAGUCGAAGGAGCACAUCAGAUGCUGUGGAAUAUUUAAAAGAAAGGGCGGAUAAAGAGAUUGGUUUGAAAGAACAAGAACUGGAAUUAAGGAAGAAAGAGCAGGAGAACAUAAAAGAAAGGGAGAGGGAAAAGAACCAGAAUCAAGAAAACCUGAUCUCCGCCAUGGUCAAACAACAGCAGCAGCAACAGCAAUUGAUGAUGAUGAUGAUUAAUCAACAGCAGCAACAGUCACAGGCAUUUUUAGCUUUUAUGCAAAAAUAUGUUCCAAAGUAACUUUUUCACAAGUUUGUUUGAUGAACAUUAUUGUUGAGUUAAAGUUGUGCACCCCUCCCUUGAUAUUUUCAAAUCUUUUGUUAAUAACAUUUGUUCUAAAGAUGAUAUAUUUAUUUCAUCACAAACAUUUUCAAACUUAUUGCGAUUAGAAACUUUACAAUAUUUAUAAAGUUCUGAAGACUAUUGUUAUGAGCUCUCCUUUUGAUUUAAGAGCAAAUAAACAGUAA